CUGACUGACUGCACACAGCAGAGCGUGAGGCCGUUCACUGCUUCACUGCCCCGUGCUCACUGACACACACUCGCUGACUGCCGCUCACUCUGACAAACACACACACACACACACACACUCUUACUGCCUUUCUCUCUCUCUCUGACUCUCUCUCUCUCUCUCUCUCUCUCUCCCUCUCUCUCUCUCUCUGUCUGUCGCAAACACACACCGGCUCUCUCCCUCCCAUACUUGCUCACUCCCUCUCUCUUUCUCUCAGUAUCACACACACUCACACAUACACACACAUACACGCACACAGUCCGUUACCAAACCUCAUUCAACUCCCUCUCAGCCACGGGUCACCAGCUCAGACAGGCAUCGCAAGGUGCACACAUACACACACACACACACACACACGCACACACACUCACACACACACACACACGGACACACACACAAACAUACUUGAACACACACUGAAACAAAAUACACAUAUCCAUACACACAAAGACAAACAAACACUCACUCUCGCACAUACACAGACACACACACGCACACACACACACACACAUGCGCAUCCUCAUACAGCCCAGGACUUUAUAUGUGGUACGGGAAAAGAAGACCUCAGUCCAAGGAGGAGAAGAAACAGAGAAACAAGGAGCGACACUAAAGACAAACUUUUAAAGGUGGAUUCAAUAAUAACAACAGUAAAAGGAUUGGACCAACAGAAUCAAAGAGUGAAGACAAGACAACACUGAUGAUGAUAACUGGAGAGACUUUGCCAAGCUUGUUGCUGUAGGAAAGGCCUGCUGUCAGCCCAAAGUAGAGAUUGGUCGUCUGUGACAUCCAGAGGAUCAGUGAGUGCCAUUUCCCUCCCUUCUCUCUUCAGGACUCCCACCCUCUUGUCAUCUCUCCACUGGGACAUCUCCCCAUCAUCAGCAUGCCUACAGCUUACACAAGGUGCACCUUGGGAGUCUGACCCACCAUGUGCAGAUGGACGCCGUCCGUAGCUCAUCUCUGUCCUAAACCUGCCCUUGGCACCACCACUACUGAAGCCUCUGCGGGACGUCCUCUCCCCCUAUCCAGUGCAGCCUCCUUUUGCCUGGCAUGCUUCACCCUGCUCCUGGUCACCGCUGGCACCGUUACAGGGGCCUGUCCUCCUGGGGUUGGACAUGAACCCCUUCAGGUGCUGGCGAGUGGCAUCAACUGUUCAUGGACGUUGGAAAGGCACACUCGCAGUUACAAUCACCUAGAGGGCGACGUCCGACUACGGCGACUUUACUCCGCCAACAAGUUCUUCCUCUGUAUUGACAAAGCCGGCAAGGUGGACGGCACCCGGCGGAAAAACUUUGCAGACAGCCUGAUGGAAAUCCGAUCUGUCAGUGUGGGAGUUGUUGCCAUCAAAUCUGUCAGCACUGGGCUGUACUUAGCUAUGUCCAAGAAAGGCACGCUCUUUGGAUCGGUGAAGUACAAUCCUAGCUGCAAGUUCAAGGAGCGCAUUGAGGAGAACGGCUACAACACAUACGCCUCCCUCCGUUGGAAGCAUGGUGGCAGGCAGAUGUUUGUUUCGCUGAACGGGCGGGGGAAGCCACGGCGGGGUCACAAGGCUCGAAGAAGACACCCAUCCACCCAUUUCCUGCCCAUGCUCCCCUCCUAGCUGCCCAAGUCUGAACUCUGACCGGCAACUGGCUGCCUCCUCCCACUAGUGUUGAUCUAGUCAGGACGGCAUUCUUUAUUUUUGUUACUCCAUUUCUCCUGUCACAUAAAUGUAUAUUUGUUGAGGGUUGUAACAUUUGUAGAGUUAGUAUAAUAUGUACUUUUAAGUUAUUUUCUCAAUUUUCUAACUAUUUUUAGUAAUACAGGAAAAUAUGCAGUAGAAUUAUACUAUCUUCAGGCAUCCGUCUGGCUAAAGUAUUUUUCGGUGUGUCUGAACUGCAUUUACAGCGGUGUUUGGGUGACUUUGGGUGGCUGUGAGAGGACUAAAAAAGGACUGCAUUGCUUGGAAACAACAAAAUUUGACUCCCUGAUUUGUUAUUUAGCUUAUUUUAGACAGUCUGCUAAAUAGGAACAGAAGCAUGUGGCACAGGAUAAAUUUCAUUUCAUUUGAUUUUAAGUAUUGCUAUUAAAACAUAAAAGAAGUAACUUUGAAAUAGCUACAAAUCAGGGUCAUAGGAGCACUGACAUGCUCUGUUUUUUUGGCUGGAUAGGGGUCACACUCUACAAUUCAACUUUUGCAAUUUAUGUUAAACAAAAUUCUCAUCUUCAUCACAUGUGGACCACCAGUUCACAUUUGAAAAAUUCCCAUAUUGAGUGAUUUUUGGUUGUCUUUUAUGGGAAAUCUAUAAUGUUAUAUGCGAAAAACUAAACAUUUAAUAUGUGCAACACCAUUACACAUAGUCAUAAAUUCACAUGGUACAUGGUUUAUUACAUGUGAAACAGCAAUACACUGAAUUCACACAUAGCGUUUCACAUGUGCUAUUUUGUAAGGCUAAGGAGUACUUUUAGGCCAACAAAAGUAAAUACAUAAA